CACAAAACAAGUAUUUUUUCUAAUAAAAAAAGAUUUGGGAGAGGGCUUUGGGAGCUCUCGUUGUUUCAGAGUUAGGGACUUUACACACCCAUGGCCACUGCUACGAAUGUCGUCGCCGCCCCACCAUGCCAGCUCUUCCAGAAAGAACCCGACAUCCAGAUGAUGUUGGCCGUCGACGUCCACCUCGACACCAAGAACUGCGACUUCCAAAUGGAACAUAACAUCUUCAAGCACCGCAACGACGUUUUUCAUGUCAUGGAUCCAAAUGGGAAAAAGUUUAUGCAAGAUGAUGUAGCUGACCGCAUUCAACAGAUGGCCUCCAGGAAGAGGAAAGCCACAACCUCCCAACCUCGGGAACCUUAUGACACCACUCGGUUUGUUUCUGAGGUUGCGUCGGAGCGAUAUUCACAGAAUGUUCACUCCCGGAACAUCCUUCCAGAGAGGGACGUUAACCUCUUUGUGACUGUGUAUCAUGAAUUCAGAAGAGAGCUGAUCAGAAGAAACUGGCAUAAGGCCUUGACUCAGCACAUAGACGGGCACAUUGAUGUGGCCUUGGUCAAGGAGUUCUACUCGAACCUGUAUGACCCUGAAGACAAAUCACCAAAACAAGUUAGAGGGAUGCUGAUUAAGUUUGAUGCGACAUCACUGAAUGCCUUUCUGGAGACACCACCACUCAUUCAGCCAGGGGAGCAGUACCCCUCUUAUUCUAUUUUUUGCAGGACGCGCACUGAUCCUCAAGAGCUUGCCUCCAAGCUUUGUAUUCUAGGGCGCAUGUUCGUUUUAAAUGCUGAAGGAGCGCCUUGGAAGCUCCUGAGGAAGGAUCUGAAUACACUAGCCCAGACUUGGAGUGUGUUAUCAUACUCCAACCUCUUCUGAGGGUCCAUCUUCUUCUGCUCCCCCUGCUUCUGCUCCUGCUUCUACCUCUACUCCAGCUCCCUCUACUUCAACACCACCACUUCCAUCAGCUCCAGUUUAGAUCGACACCUUUGCUCCAUCAUUAUCAGUUCUAGCACAAUGUCGAUGCUCUGAGGUCACAGUGCCGAUGUUGCAGAGCAUCCAUCGUGGUUUAUGCCUGGUGAUGCCAGAGUAUGCACGACUCAGAUCAGCAUCGGCCAAUUAUUAGCAUAGAGGAUUUCAUGGCACAGGUGGCCUGGCCAGGAGUCCAGCCUUCUCCUUUGGGGGGAGGUGAGGCUUCCGCAGCCUAGGAGCCUCAGCCAGAACCUCACCGGAGGCCACUCCAGAGGCUACCCCACGGACUUCACCAAUUACUUCACCUGUUUUGGAGGUCUCUAAUGAGGAGGAUGGCGCUGCUGAUGCGGAUUAUGCAGCUGAUAUGAUCGUAGCACAGAGCACCUGGGACCCAUGGCCUGUUACAACUCAGGAUAUUUCUCAGCCAGUCCAAGAUGCUCCCUCCUCACCUCUGGAUGAGCCCACAGCUGCACAGGAAGAGCCAUGACAGGAUUUUCAUUUAUUUUCCUACUUUUGAUACAGUUUAUGUUUAGUUUACGUUUUUAGUUUUAGUUUUAUGUUUCACUUUAUUUAUUUAGUAAAUUUGAAAGCUUGUUGAACAAUUUAUAAUUUUGAUUGUUAUUGUAGUGGUUUGAUUUGACCUAAAAAUCUUGUGUUUGUUGAAUGAAUUGAAUUGACCGAUUGCAUGGAUUAAGUGAA